GCCUCGCGGCACUCUAAGCCAGAGCGGCGGGCACUCGUUGGUACUUGGGCGGACUGCCUCGCUUUACGGCCCGGGCGCCAUCGCGCGACAGUUUCUGUUCCCUUGUCGCCCUCACCCUCGACAUGGCGUCGGGCAGCGGGACUAAGAACUUGGACUUCCGCCGAAAGUGGGACAAAGAUGAAUAUGAGAAACUUGCAGAAAAGCGGCUCACAGAAGAGAGAGAAAAGAAAGAUGGCAAACCAGCUCAGCCUGUCAAAAGGGAACUUCUGCGGCACCGAGACUACAAAGUGGACCUGGAGUCGAAGCUGGGGAAAACCAUUGUUAUCACCAAAACUACCCCUCAGUCAGAGAUGGGAGGAUACUACUGUAACGUAUGCGACUGCGUGGUGAAAGACUCCAUUAACUUCUUGGAUCACAUCAAUGGCAAAAAACACCAGAGAAAUCUGGGCAUGUCCAUGCGGGUGGAGCGUUCCACACUGGAUCAGGUGAAGAAACGCUUUGAGGUGAACAAAAAGAAGAUGGAGGAGAAGCAGAAAGAUUAUGACUUUGAGGAGAGGAUGAAGGAACUCCGCGAGGAGGAGGAGAAAGCCAAAGCCUACAAGAAGGAGAAGCAGAGAGAGAAGAAAAGGCGGGCAGAGGAAGAUUUGACAUUUGAAGAGGAUGAUGAAAUGGCAGCUGUGAUGGGUUUCUCUGGUUUUGGUUCAACCAAAAAGAAUCACUGAGCAGCUCUGGACUCUCCUCUUUCUUGAAACAGAUUGUUUUUACCAGGGGACUCUGGAUAACUCUUAAAAAGACUUGAUUGAGGACUUGUAUGUAAAUCUCCCAGUAGAAGUUGGCUGGAGGAGUCAAAAAGCGAUUCCAUGCUCUACCUGUGCUACAGAACGAGCUCCACCUGUCAUUAGCUUCCUAUCUCCUUCUGUGUCCUAGAUCUGGCUGCUCAUCACUGCUCUGUGGCCUUGUGCGUGCAGGGAAGUGUUCUGCUGGGUACGUUUGUGUGUCAAUAAAGUGCAACAGUUCUUUACAGGUGGCCUGGUUCAGGAUUAAUCUAGUUGUCAACCAGGCAUUGUUGUUCUGGGCCCUAGUUUUUCUAGUUGUCAGUUGGGCUGUGUGUUUGAGACAUGGAGUGAUUCAGUUUCUUUUUGGAUCACAUAACUGAAGGAAAUGUGCCACAACAAGCGGUGUUGAGUGGUACAACUGCAUCUUUAUGGCUUGUGCUGAUCAGAGCUGGUGGCUGCAUGGAGCCUGGGUUGCCGAAACUUUUCUGUGUAUUUUAUCUGCAAGGGAUACCUCCCCGCUUUUCUUUGUGUUUCAUCCCAUAACUUUGGUAUCUUUAAGGCAGGGGAGAAAUUCCUCCCCACAACUGAUCUAGGAUAAAGCGAAUGAAAGAAAGGUGUGUGCAAUUUUCCAGAAAUAAAUGGAUCAUUUUAAUGGG